AUGCCCAACACAGUCCGCCCCCGCGACGACAAGGAGCGGUCCGCGCGGGCCCAGGAGCAGGCCUUCAAGCGCGCAAGAGGUGCCAUAUCUUGCGCAGAAUGCCGUCGCCUCAAGCUCAAAUUUAUCCUGGCGGACACCGACCGCCUACACCGGAAGAUCGCGGAGAUGAGCGACCGCAUCCGCGAACUCGAAGACUCGCUCGCGCUCCUGCAGUCGUCCGUGUCGCGCGAGACGCACCCGCUGGGCGGCGACGGGUUGUUCGAAGAGGAAGAAGAGGAGGACGAGGAGAGCGAGUACAUCGACUCGUUCGGGACGCUCGCGGUGCGCGACGACGGGGCGGCGACGUUCUACGGCCGCUCCGCCGGCUCCGAGAGUCUACUUCUGGACGAAAAACCGGGGCCUGCAACAGCUCCGCCUGAACGCCCGCCCAACAAGGGCCCGAUGCUGCCCGCCUCCCUCGCGCGACUCACGACGUCGUUCCCGUCCGCGCCGUCGGACAUCCCCGCGGAGGACAUGCAGGAGCUGAUCGAGGAGCACCUGCCGCCGUGGCCGCGGGCAGCGCAGUUGUGCGACCUGUACCUGGAGCAGGCGCCGUGGUUCUUUGGCGCGGUGACGCGGCGGCAAUUGUUGGAGGAAAUCUUGCCACUUUUCUACGACGAGGCGGCGGAAGUGCUCGAGCGUCCGCCGAGUGUCGUCACCGUGCAGACGCUCAGUCUCAUGGCGAUCUAUCAGGGCUUGGUUGCGGACGAGAAUAGCAUCGAGAGUACGUGGGCGCUCAUGGGGCUAAGCUCAAAACUUGCGCAGAGUAUCGGUCUUCAUCGUGACUGUGCCCGCUGGAAGCUAUCACCAGCAGAAGUACAGAAGCGUCGCGCGCUGUUCUGGGAAGUGUUUAUCACUGACUGUUGGCAAGCACUCGCCACCGGCCGUCUAUCCACUUUCUCCCUCCCCUUCGUCGACACCGAACUCCCUGCGGACCCCGAUGAGACGCUCGCAGAGGACGGCACGCCUCAGCUGUCUUUCCCUGCGUGGAAAGCGCGCUGGGGUAAAGAAUGUGUCUCGGAGGUCGUCCAGGGCACGCUCACGUCGCGCGCCCCGAAAUACACUGUCAUCCUUGAACUGAUCAAGGAAGGGCCUCUCGGAAACGAUGAGCCACUACAUGCCGAUCAACUACUUACAUCUGAAUGCUUCUUCGCGCAAGCACUGAGCGACCACCCGACGGACCCGCUUCGGAGCCCGUACUCGCCGUCUUUCCUCGCUGGCUAUCGGAGUGCGUGCAUCCUGUUGAGCUCGCUCCGCGAGCAGUUCAACCUGUUCCCGAUACAAAUUGCCAGAUUCUGGGUCUUGUGGACGCAUGCGUUCUCCUCCACUGUGAUGCUCGCUUCGGUCGUUACCCAUGGAGGUACGACAAAGACGGCACAGGCAGCAUUGGGAGAGCUGAGACUGGCGUAUGACUUGUUUGAGAGUGCUGCGAAGCAUGGCGGGCGCGCUGUGAAGUUCUUGCCGAUCGUCCGGAGACUACACGACAAGGCAUACGCGACUUACACACAGGGCCUCCACUGUCCGUGA